AUGGAUCUGUUGGAGCGGAACAUUAAGAAGGGGGACACGGAGGAGGAGAAGGCGCGCAAGGAAGAGGAGCGGAAGGAGGUGGACGAGGUGGGGGAGAGGAAGACGAAGACCCAGGACCAGGAGCCGCAGCAGCAAGGCCAAGGCCUCAGCCUCUCACUCGCCAACGGCAGCGCCAGGUCUGGAAUGUUGCCGAUGUCGAACCCUUCAGCUAAUCCAGCACAGCUUACAAUUUUCUAUGGUGGAUCAGUAUGUGUGUAUGACUCAGUGCCACCAGAAAAGGCUCAAGCAAUCAUGCUUAUAGCUGCAGCUGCAGCAGCUGCGGCAGCCACCAAAAGCAGUGCUGCCACUGCUGUUAAGCCUCCAAUGAUGCCUACAGCCACGGUUGCCCCAGCAGCAGUCGUUUCUCCUGUGCUUACACGGUCUCCAUCACUGCAGAGCACUUCUGUAGCAACUGGACAGCCUCAGGUUGUUGCUGACCCUAGCUCAAUAUGCAAGCUUCAGGCCGAUCUCCCCAUUGCCAGGAGGCACUCUCUUCAGCGCUUCCUUGAGAAACGUCGUGACAGGAUCGUGAGCAAAACUCCCUACAGCCCCGCCAAGUCUUCCGAUGGCAUGGAGUCACCGGGGAUGGAGGUGACCGCGGAGCUCAAGGCCCAGUAA